AUGGCUCUCAAAGAGGGACUCGGGGCCUGGAAGAGAAUCUUCUGGCGACGGAUCCUACUUGCACUUGGCCUCUUGGGCCUACUCCUGUAUGUGCUCCCUAGUGUCAGGCAUCUGGAAGUUCUCAUCCCCAUGGGUGUCUGCCCAGCGGCCACAAUGUCCCUGCUGAGAGACAACUUCACAGGUGUCCUGCGUCCCUGGGCCCGGCCUGAAGUCCUGACGUGUACCUCCUGGGGGGCUCCCAUUAUUUGGGAUGGCACCUUCGACCCAGAUGUGGCCCAGCAAAAGGCUGGACAGAAGAACCUCACCAUUGGGCUGACUGUCUUUGCCAUAGGCAGAUACCUGGAGAAGUACCUGGCGCGCUUCCUGGAGACGGCCGAGCAGCACUUCAUGGUGGGCCAGCGCGUGGUGUACUACGUGUUCACCGAGCGACCGGCCGCCGUGCCCCGCGUGGCGCUAGGCCCCGGCCGCCGGCUGCGCGUGGAGCGUGUGGCGCGCGAGCGGCGCUGGCAGGACGUGUGCAUGGAGCGCAUGCGCACGCUGCACGCGGCGCUGGGUGGGCGGCUGGGCCGCGAGGCGAGCUUCGUGUUCUGCAUGGACGUGGACCAACACUUCAGCGGCGCCUUCGGGCCCGAGGCGCUGGCCGAGUCGGUGGCGCAGCUGCACGCCUGGCACUACCACUGGCCGCGCCGGUUGCUGCCCUUCGAGCGCGACGGGCGCUCGGCCGCCGCGCUGGCGCCGGGCGAGGGCGACUUCUAUUACCACGCGGCCGUGUUCGGGGGCAGCGUGGCGGCGCUGCGCGAGCUGACGGCGCACUGCGCGCGGGGCCUGCGGCGGGACCGCGCGCGCGGCCUGGAGGCGCGCUGGCACGACGAGAGCCACCUCAACAAGUUCUUCUGGCUGCACAAGCCCGCCAAGGUGCUGUCGCCCGAGUUCUGCUGGAGCCCGGAAAUCGGCCGACGGGCCGAGAUCCGCCGCCCGCGCCUGCUCUGGGCACCCAAGGAGUACGGGCUGCUGCGGGACUAG